AUGACACGGUCGCAGCUCCCUGCCUUCAUCAUAGGAACCGCGAGCGACCUCCACAAACAGUUGGGUGACUCCUAUCGCUCGAGCUAUGGCACGAUAAUGAAUAGCUUCUAUGAGAUGGAGCACGACUAUGUCGAUCAACUUAAGGAGAGAAGCGACAUGAAACUGUGGCAUGUCGGCCCAGUGUCGCUACGCAAUCAGGAUCUGCCUGAUAAACUAGUGAGGGGAGACAAGACCUCCGCGGACUGCGACCGCUGCUUGAGUUGGUUGGAUAGUAGGAAGCCGAGAUCGGUUCUCUACAUCUGUUUUGGGAGCUUAGGUCGAUUCACCCGCACUCAGCUUUGCGAGAUUGCUUCGGGCCUGGAGGCUUCGGAGCACCCGUUCAUUUGGGUGGUGAGAUAUGGCGGUGAACCUUCGGAAUGGAUGCCGGAAGGGUUUGAGGAGAGGGUGAUAUGUAGAGGGAGAGGAUUGAUCAUAAGUGGAUGGGCACCUCAGCUGCUUAUAUUGAACCAUGAAGCCGUCGGGGGAUUUGUGACGCACUGUGGCUGGAACUCCUGCAUGGAAGGCGCGAGCGCCGGGUUGCCGAUGAUCACUUGGCCGCUCUUUGCCGAGCAAUUCUUCAAUGAGAAGCUGAUUCUGGAUGUUCUCAGGAUCGGGAUUGCGAUCGGAGUGAAGGUAUGCCGUAGCAAGGAGGAGGAGAGGAUGAUGGUGAGGAGGGAGGAGAUAAGGAGGGCGGUAAAUGAGUUGAUGGGAAGCGGAGAGGAAGCGGAUGGGAGGAGAGAGAGAGCAAGGGAGGUAGGGAAGAUGGCAAGGAGGGCUGUGGAGGAGGGGGGUUCUUCUUAUAAUGAAUUGAGCAGUUUGAUAGAGAAUUUGCUUACUCUUAAAGCUGGUAAGAUCCAGUCUGGUAAGAAUGGAGAAUGA